AUGGAGCGAGCAAGGGAUCGCUUACACCUGAGACGGACUACAGAGCAGCACGUGCCAGAAGUGGAAGUCCAAGUUAAACGUAGGAGGACUGCUUCAUUGAGCAAUCAAGAGUGUCAGUUGUACCCAAGACGUUCUCAACAGCAGCAAGUACCUGUGGUGGAUUUCCAGGCGGAACUAAGACAGGCAUUCUUAGCCGAGACACCAAGAGGUGGUUAA